CCUAGCUUGCUUUCCCACCUCUCCCACUGCUUUUUCCCCCCUCUCCCAUGUGCUGUCUCUCUCUCUCAAUCUUCCUCCUUUCUCCCAGGUGAUUCUCUGAGCUACAACAUCAACGUGACUUUCUCGGUGACGGGUCAGUGGUGGAGCCCGGAGAAUGGCAGUAGUCCUUUGGCGUCUCACGUGGGCAGGAACCUAAUAGUGUGGCCAACGCUCCUGCAUGUUCCCGCCGUCAUCGCCGCUGUCGUCCGCGUCAGGACCUCUCAGUACGACGCCGCCACAUCAUGUAGUCCAUUGGGAGUAAUGGAGCCAGCAUGGACUGUGUUAGUCCCCUCUCUCAUGCCUUCCGGGUCUAUUACACCUGCUACCAGGACGGCUAAUGUGUCAGUCGACGUGAGUCGGGGACCAGGACCGAGAGUGUCGUUCCAAUGUCGGUAUUUCCACAGAGCGGCCGUCAAUAGAAUCACAUACAGGCCCUUCAAUGGUGACAUUAUGUGCCUGGAGGCGGCCCCAGGACGCUUCAGGUGGAACGUGACGAGUCUGGUGCUGCCGUGUUAUCCAUCCUGCCUAGCGAACUACGUGCUGGCUCAAGACGAGGCUUCCUGCUACAGUUUCCUGGACAUGACGACGCCUGUCAACAUCGUCUCUGCUUCCCUCACGUGCAUCCGAAGGGGAGGUACCCUGGCAGUGUUCCGGAACGCCUCUGAUGUCGUCACCUUGGCUCCUGAUGGUGUCUUCUUUUACACCUUCUACGUCGCGGGGUCCACAUGGCCCAACAGCUUAGACACGUUAAUGGCCACCUGUGACCCCACACCUGGCAGCCUAUGUCAGGCGCAGCCGGGAGCUAGUUGUGGUGUUGUUGCACGAACCCCUGUGGCUACCGGGGGAUACCAAAUGGUUUAUAAGUACCAGAGCUGCGUGGAUACCAGUACCCAGGUGGCCUGCAUGUAUCCUGGUUCGUGUCCCUCGGGGUUCUCUUACAUCUAUAACAGAUGCUUCAGGGGCGUCCCUAUAACAGGGGGUGUAGUGGAGGCACUGAGUGCCUGUGCCAAUAUGUCGGCACUGCUCGCCUACCCAGAGGACUCUGGCACCCUUCAGCUAUUAGGAACUCUAGUUAGGAAGAUGGUGAUCAACAUCACAGAUCACGUCGACGUGCUCCUCGGUCUGAGCAUGAUGACCGGAGACGUGACUCUAGGCGGGAUAUACUCGCCUCAUGGCAACUGGCUGAACGUGACCGAGGCACCCGGGCCUCUCUACGUCGCCAGAGUGCCAGAGUCAGAAGACCAGCCAGUGGCACUGGCAUCCGUCUCCCUCUCCGUGACGAACCUCACUCUCGCCCUCUGCCAGUUUCCGGGUGUGGAUGUGUUCGUUUGUGAUUUAAUUCUUAACUCGUACCUACGGAUGUAUGUGUGUGCCAACAGAAUGCUUGAUCCAACAGAUUGCUUGACCCCGCCACCAGCUGAAGGUGCCAAUAUGUUCAGAGUCUGGAAUAACGAUACUGGGCAGGGUACCAUUAUCAUCUAUACGUGCUACCCCGGCUACUUCGUCGGGAACGACACAGAAGUGACGACGCAGAUGGUGGCGUGUCUGGGGCAGCUUGGAGGUUGGCAACCCUCCAUGCUACAGCAGUGCCUGGCUCUUGACGUAUGCAACGACACCUUCUUGCCGGAGUGGGAUGAGGUGAACACCACCUUCAGUGCUGACCACAGGCGCCUAAACGGCUCCGUCACCUACACCUGCCCGCCCUCCAUGGCUACCGUGACCAACCAGACUGUCCAGAAUGCCACCUGCAUCAGUCAGCAUCCAGUCACACCUGCCUUCCAGGCAUCUGGUCAACACGCAGCCAUACCUGCCUUCACCUACGCGCCUGUCCCUAUGGCUUGCGACAUGUGCUCGUGGGAGCCCCAGGUGGAGAACGCUACCACCACCUGGAACCCGACUGACUCCUGGCUGAUCAACGCGACUCUUAGUGCCAGCUGCCUCUCCAACCACACCUUCAAUCUCACCACCACCUCCCUGGAUCUUGAGUGUACCCCCCUCGGCUGGCAGACCCUUCCUCCCUGCUACCCUGCGUGUCUGACGGAGCCACCUGCGGUAUCACCCGGGGUGCUGCAGAGAGAGACCUUCGCCGACAACGCCGUAGGGAGCUCUGUCACCUACACCUGCGCCCCUCCGCAGUAUUUCCCCUUAACCCAGGUGUCUGAAGCACCUGUCAGAGAGAGAAAUGUCACCUGUUCCAGCGAGUUCACCUGGGUUCCCGACGCCUCAAUGGUCACCUGUGUUACUCUGUGUUUAGAUGACGACCCUCCACCAGCCCCUGAAGGAGCCACCAGCGACUGGGAUAACUUCUCCCGCUCUUCAGGAACCGAGGUAAAUCUGACGUGUUCAAACGGGAUGAAAUUUAGCGACCUGAACACGAGCAUUGUGGUGACGUGUGAAGAUGACGGGAACUGGACCCUGGUGGACCCGAGUCUCCUCGUUUGUCGGGAAGAAGUGACAGUACCGCUGCCACCGCUCCCCGCUGGAAUGACCCUGAUGCCGUCUAGCGGACCCUACUGGACCUCGACGGUGCUUAACUUCAGCUGUGGGGCUGGAACCAUGGCCCCGGAUGGCAGGACCUACACUACAGUUACCUACGAUGGGGUCGCCUGGUCUGCCCUCGAUCCUACGUUCCUGUGUGUGUCUGUGUGCCCGUAUGCUGCUCCUGCCGCUACGGGCUUCCUCGAGACCAACUACUCCGGGGUGGCGGUGAUUGGCUCGGCUGUCGGCUACUGGUGUAUCGGCGGCGUCUUCGUCGAUCUCAAUACCUCCUUCGUCAGUGUGUGUCACGACUCUGGCUGGACUGUCGAUGUCUUCCCCGACUGUCUGGACCAUAAUAUUAACUAUUUUUACCUCUCCUCCAUUAACUCUUCAUAUAUUUCAAAAUAA